UUACGAAAAAAUAGUUAGUACAGUUUAAAGUACUAUAGAAAUGUGAUCGUUUUUUCAAGAACAAAAUUUUUCGAAAUUGAGUUUUGGGUGAAUUUGAUUUUUUUGGGCUGGCAACACUACUAACACUAGCCUUGUAGCAGGCAACCAGUAAUACAUUUGUAAACGACAAACUAGGGUCAAGUGUUGUUCCUCAAAUUGAAGAAAAUCUUAGAGGUACCUCAAAAUGAGCGACAAGUCGUACCCCAACGGCGGUGGCUACGCCCCCCUCAACAACGUGUACAACCGGGCCCCCUGCCCGGACAGUGGCCCAAAUCAGCAAUUUUAUUCGUACAACAUGCCAAUAAACAACAAUUACAACCAACUGGAAGCCUUCAAUAUGAUUUCGCCCCAAAACUAUCACAAGAAUCAGAAUGUGUGCAUGUAUCCGGAGCUACCGAGUUGGGACAGUCGCAUCUACGAAGACACCUUAAAAAUCCCCGACAAAAUCGAAAUGAUUGAAAUCACAAGCAAGGAUUUGAGUCCUGCGAGCUUUUGCAGCAACUUGGACUUGUUAGUGCCUGACUUUUACAAAUCUUUGGGUAAGGAUUUGAACUAUUUUAAUAAAUUUGAAGGGUUUGGAGGUAACCAAAAGAUUGAUUUCCCGUCUUGUGCCCAGAGCAACCAAGGGGGAAGUUCACAGACUGUUAAAUAUUGCAGUAUACAAAACAUUGAAUAUCACAAUUACGGUGGGGUGUAUGAGGCUCCAGGAGGGGGGCAAGAGUAUUACAAUUAUUAUGACAAUGGCAAAAUUUUGGAUCAAAAUCAAUACUUUGAUUUGCCGCCUCUGGACCAACAAACUGAGUCAAAUGAUGAAAGUGAUAUCAUUGUGGAGGAGUCCGAUGAGGAUUGUACCACCGACUAUGAGGGGAAAAAAGUGCCCUCGAGGGACAACAAAUGCAUCAUUUGUAACGUCUCAUACACACCGCUGGGGACCCAAUUUUACUUUUUGACUCUCAAAAGCCCCCUAACUAUGUCAUCGCAAAAACCUGUCUUUACGAAAAUCGUCAGUAUUGUGGGGAAAAUUCGCAACGAUAUUAAUUAUCUCUGUAGCGAGUGUUUGGGGCUCAUUAACACCAUUGAUCACUUGCAAUUAAAACUCGACGGUUUUAAUAUGGAAUUAUUAAUGAAGUUUAAAAGGACGUGCCAGGAGAACAAUAAAAAUAAUAACAAUAAGAGGAAAAAACGUCCCCAAGAUCGCAAAAUGAAGUGUAAACUUUGCAAGAAAAUCAUCUCUUUGCGGCAGAUUUGCGAAAACCACACAAGGAAACAUAAAUUUAAAGGCUUUUUAUGCGAAUUGUGUGGCGAAAUUUCACCGACUUGGAGACGUUUCAGACUACACUAUCAACAACACAAAACUAAACCGCUUAAAAUAGCAGCUUUUGUUUGCUCAAAUUGCCCUAAAAGCUUCAGGACUCGGUCGAAUUUAAUUGAACAUGAGAACUAUUGUCUCGGUUUGCUCCCUCACAACUGCAAAUUCUGUGAUAAAAAGUUCCCUUCGAGUACGAAACUGAAAAAUCACGUCAGACUCAAACACGAUAAGAAAUUCAUCGCGAUUUGUUCCAUUUGUAACAUUGGUUUUGUCAAACUUUCCGAUUAUAAGGCCCACAAAAUCAGCCACAGCACUGAUAAAAAAUUCUCGUGUACAAAAUGCGACAAGACUUACAAAACUUUAAGCAACUUGAACUUCCAUAUGAAGGUGCACAGUGGCAAGUUGCCCUUUAUUUGUACGAUUUGUGAUAAGGGCUUCAUGAGGAAGGAGUAUUUGGAGGCUCAUGUGAAUAAUCACAAUGGAGUUAAAAACUUCGGAUGUCAUGUGUGUAAUAAAAAAUUUGUGUCACAGAAGAAUCUGGACUCGCAUUUGAAGUACCACGAUGGGUCGGCGAAAACCCGGACUUGUAACAUUUGUAGUAAAGUGAUGACAAGUGGUUUUGAGGAACAUUUGAGGAUUCAUAACAAUCUGAGGGAGUUUGAGUGUGAUCAGUGUGACAGUAAAUUUAACACAAAAGGGACUUUAGCCAAACAUAAAAAACGCAAACAUGUCAAUAAAACGAACUAAGCUAA